UCCAAGUUAUGGCAAAGCCACUGCAUCUUCUGAGUUUCAUAUUCAUCCUUGGAUGUUCUUGUGCUCUGUCCAAUCAGGAUAAAAGUCAAGAAACCUGGAUAAACGUGGAACGCUAUCUGUUGCGGAAUCUAAAGGAAUAUGCGGAAAAAUUGAGGGAAAAAAUAAGCGUUAUAAAUAGCUCCGUAAACGAAUACCUAGAAGAGAUCGAAGAGGCCAAAGAAGAUCCCGAGUUGUACCUUGCCAAUCCCCUAAACUCCUUUCGUUUAAUCCGCCACAUGCACCAGGACUGGGUCUCUUGGCAGAUAUAUAUGGAGAAGACAGUGGGCGAAGAGGAGGCGGCCAAUAUAGAGCGGGUCCUCGAUAAACUUCCCCAUGAGUGGGACCUUCAAAGAGCGGCAGAGGAUGUCAGGAUUGUGACCAAGUUCUAUAACUAUGAGCCUGCUGAAUUGGUAGCUCAGGACGAAAGGAAUAGUCCCAUUCAUCUAUCGCCCUUGGAUUGUUACCAUUUGGGAUUAGAGCGGUACAAAGAGCAGGAUUAUAAGGUGGCAGCCAAGUGGAUAGGAGCGGCUGCCAAGAACUUUUCACAGUCGGAAUACAGUGACCUUUACGCCCAAAUAGGAGCACCACGUUGGAAAAUGUAUCGCGAUUAUGCCAGGGCCCUGGACAAACUCAAUCGCAGGGAAAAGUAUCAAGCCUACGAGGUAGCUACGAAAUUGAGUCCUCAUAACGUUCACCUCAUGCAGGAAAUAGGUGAAAUGGAGCUGCUUACUUUAAGGGAUCCCUUAGACCCCAUUUCCGAUGAUGUAGAUCGUCCAACCGACGUGCAGGAAAUGUGCCGUGGCAAAAAAACUUCCAACGAGAAUAGGAUGCGCUUAGAGGAGGUUAUCAGUGACCCUUACACCAUAAUGUACCCGCACAGUGUCUACGAAUCGGAGAUCGAACAUAUGGUAAAUGUAUAUUCGAAGUGUCCACCCAAUGCUUUAUUUCAGCUGGAAGAAGGGGUUGCGGUUUGCUCGGUUUCGAAUGGUUAUAGUUCGGUGACAAAAGGUCUCAGAGAGAGGGUGCUGGACAUGACAGGAUAUAACAGGGACUCUGACAACUUUUACAUAGUAGCCUACGACACACUGCAACCCAUGGAAAUAUUUAAAAAAUUCCGCGCCUAUUCUCAGUUUUCCGACGUGAGAUUCACAAAGAUCGAAGCCACGGCCAUAAUAUUUCUUAAUGAUAUUCCUUUGGGUGGAGCUCUUAUCUUUCCUGACUACAAGCUUGAUGUGUUUGUACAACCCAAGAAAGGAAAUGUUUUGGCCUUUGAUGAAAAAAAACUUAGGACCACAAUUUGUCCUAAUAUUGCUGGCCAUGGUCUUGUAAUGGUCAAGUUCCUGUACCAGGAAGAGUAAACAUUUUUGAAACUUUAUGGAUUCACAAAAAGGUGUGUGUUUUUUUAAGGGAGCAUUGUAUCACACUUU